CGACAACCGUCGCCGUCGCCCUCGCAGCUCCCGCCCGUGCCCGCGUCGCCUACCUACUCAUACGCCAGCACUGCCGUACUUCCCUCCUCCGCCUCUAUCGCGACAACAACUGGCCACAACCUCCCCAGCAACAUGUCCACCUACACCCUCCCCUUACCGCCGCCGCCUCCACCUCCCGCUGCAGCCCACGCCUUCCUCACCAAGUCCGACCUCGCCUCCUCCCAGUCCGCCUACGCCGACCUCCUCUCCACUGCCAAGGCCUACCGCCUCGCCCUUGCCUCCCUCUCCUCCGCUGCCUCCGCCUUUGGCUCCGCUCUCGAGUCCUGCGCCCGCCUGAAGGAGGCCCGCGCCGACUGCGUUGGCGGUGCAGGCCCUGUCCCCGCCGUCCCCGGCACCGGCAGCAGUGCCUGCACAGCCGACAGUCUCCUCGCCGCGGCAGGCGUGCACCACCUCGUUGCGAACCACGAGCAGAUCCUCUCCGAGACCGUCUACCGCUCCUUCGAGGUGCCUCUACUGCACGAGCUCGACAAGUGGCGCGGAGGUGUCGAGGACGAAGAGGCCCGGUACCUUGCCGCCGUCCGCCGCCAGAGCGCCGACGUGCGCCGUCUCGAGCGCGAGGGCGUCCGCCUGCACCGCCAGCGCGGGCCUCGCGACGUCGCCCGCUUCCGUGCCCACCUCGUCGAGCUGACGGCGCGCCUCGACGGGCUCACGGCCCUGCGUGCCGAACACGCUGCCUCCCUGCUGCGCGAGAGCCAGGAUACCAGCGUCAAGAUCCUCGAGGCCAGCUGCAGCCUGGUGCGCGCCGAGGUCGAUAUCUUCGAGAGCCUCGCGCGCAAAGGAUGGAGCGGCGGCGGGCUGGAUGAUAUCCUGGAGAGGGGCACCGACCUGUUUGCAGCCGAAGAAGGGACCAGUGUUGUGGGGAGCGGCAUCGGUAUGGGCAGUGGUGGCAGCGGCGGUACCGGGGCCGACGAGGCGGGCGCAAAGCUGUUCAGCAUCCUCCCGCCCAAGAGCAUCCUCGCCGACGCGGCGUCCGAGACGGGUGUGCUGCUCCUCCACCACCAUGGCGGCGGCACUACUACUGCAACGGACCGUGGGCGCGGCCACCAGCGCGCCGACAGCCUCGGUGUUGUGUCGGAGCCGUAUCAGAGCCUGGCCGGCGCCGUGGUGACGUCGUCGACCAGCCCUGAGCGCAGAGGGCGCCGGGACCUCGAGGACGCCGCGAGUAUCUUUAGUGCCGACUUCAGCCCCUCCACUACCACCGCGCCACGUCCGCGCAUGACGAGGCCUUUCUCGCCUAAACCUGUACGGGUGCGGACGGAGGAUGUC